AUGGCAGAAGGUGGAUAUAAUAUUCAACCGCGCAAUAAUUAUCCGGAUCGAAUGCAACAAUCACAACAAAGCGCGUCAGCCGGUGAAGAAGAAUUAGCAACUAAAACACUUCAUAUUCAAUCGAAACGUUUCUAUUUGGAUGUUAAACAAAAUCGACGUGGUCGAUUUAUAAAAAUUGCUGAAGUUAGUGCUGGCGGUCGGAAAAGUCGUAUAUUAAUGUCAAUGAGUGUUGCAAGUGAAUUACGUGAUCAUUUAGAUACAUUUAAUGAACAUAUUCGUACAUUAGGUGAACAGAAUCUAAAUAAUCCACAAUUAACAGAAGAUGGUCGACUUCGUUCAGCACUUAUAACACGUGAUGAUCGAAAGUAUUAUCUUGAUUUAAAAGAAAAUGAACGUGGCAGAUUUCUACGGAUUUCUAUGGUUGGAAUUAAUACUCAACGUACACAAAUUGCAUUACCUGCACAAGGUGUAGAAGAACUACGAGAUACAUUAAAUAGUUUACUUGAAGAAUUCGGAAAUGAAGAUGAUAAAGAAGCAUCGAAAUUACCUGAAAGUAAAUAUCUUCAUGUUGGAAAUAAGAAUUUCUAUUUUGAUAUUGGUUCAAAUAAUCGUGGAGUUUUCUUACGUAUAUCCGAAGUUCGUGCAAAUUAUCGAGCAGCUAUAACAAUACCAGAGAAAUCAUGGUCUCGUUUUCGCGAUAAUAUUAAUGAUUUUAUUCUUACAAUGGAUAAAGAACGUAAUAAUGCAUCAUCAACUGAAGAUAAAUCUCGGUUAACUUCUGGUAAUGAAGAUAAAUCAUCAGUUCCGCAAAGUAGUUUUGGUGAAAAUAAAAAAUAA